AUGCACGCACGACCGUCCUCAACCGACGCAGGAGUGGCGGUGGCGCAGGGCGGAGAGGUGGGGCUGGACCUGGAGGCCUGCGGCCGCCUGGCACGCAACGACCCGCUUUCUUUUGCGCGACGCAGAUUCUCGCCCCUCGAAGCCGAGGCCAUGCAAGGGUGCACGAGCGAGGCUGAGCGCAGGGCCCUCUUCAUCCGCCUCUGGGUGCUGAAGGAGGCGUAUCUCAAGGCGCGGGGCACCGGCAUCGCGGGCUCCUCGGGCCUGAGAAGCUUCGCCUUUGGGAUUGAAGAUCGUGCCGGCAGCCCCGCGCACAUCAGCCUGCGCCCCGACCCAGCCCGCCCUGACGGCGACUGGACCUUCUGGCUGCUCGAGCCGUGGCAUGGCGUGCUGUCCGCGCUGUGCAUGAGCGGUGGCGUCAGCGAACACGGGCCCGAGGGGGCGGGCUUGCGCCUGUGGGCGAUGGACGCCGAGGGGGCACGGAGGGGGUGCCGACCAGCGCGCAUGAUCGCCUGCGGGCGCCACACUGCGCAGCCUUCCUGGGAGGACGGCCCGACCCAAGCGAGGUCGAGGCUGUGA